AGGGUUUGUUUUCCCAAGUGCGAGGCUGGGGCGGGAAGGUGGGAAAGCAGAUUUUUGCUGACUGAAAAAAAGGAAUUGAAAGUCACUCACAGGGACCAGGGGCCCGGUUCGGAGCCGAGACUCAGGCCGGGCUGGGAGGCUGUUUUAUGCCCGGGGGCUGGGCAGGGAGAAGCCUUUUUAAGCAAGGCCGGGCCGCCUGGGACCCACUCGCCAUGCUGCCGCUGCUCCUGCUGGCUCUGCUGCUCCUGGCUCUGGGCCUGCUCAGCAGGGGCCCGCGGGGCUCUCGGGGUCGGCUGCCCCCCGGCCCCACCCCCCUGCCGCUGCUCGGAAACCUGCUGCAGCUCGGCCCUUCCAGCUUGGACAAACGGCUCAUGGAGCUGAGCCGGCGCUUCGGACCCGUGUUCACGGUGCACUUGGGCCCGCAGCCGUGCGUGGUGCUGAGCGGAGCCGGCGCUCUCAGGGAGGCUCUGCUGCUGCAGGCGGACGCCUUCGCGGGGCGCGGGGGCAUGGCUUCUCUGGACCGCUGCACCCGAGGCAAAGGAAUUGUGUUCUCCAAUGGCCCCCGCUGGCACAGCCUCCGAACCUUCACCGUGGGGUCCCUGAAGGCCCUGGGGGUGGGGACCCGGAGCAUCGCCGAGCGCAUCCAGGAGGAGGCGGCCGUCCUGGUCCGGGAGCUCAGCCUCCACGGAGGAGCCCCACUUGACCCCCUCUACCACAUUCGCAAUGCUGUGGCCAACGUCAUCUGCUCCGUGGUCUUUGGGGAGCGAUAUGGCCACGACGACCCAGAUUUCCGGGUCCUGCUGAACUUGCUGAAUGACAACUUCCAGAUCAUGAGUUCCCAGUGGGGCCAGAUGUACAACAUUUUCCCCUCCUUCCUGGACUGGAUCCCUGGGCCCCACCACCGCAUCUUCAGGAAUUUCAAGAAGUUACAGGCUUUCAUUUCUGAGGAGAUCAAGAAACACAAGGAGAGCAGACAGCCUGAGGAAUCCCGAAACUUCAUUGACUUCUUCCUGGGACAGAUGGAGAAGGAGAAGCAGGACCCCGGGAGCCACUUCUACGAGGAGACCCUGGUGAUGACGACCCACAACCUCUUCUUCGGUGGCACGGAGACCACGAGCACCACCAUCCAUUAUGGGCUCCUGAUCCUGCUCAAGUACCCCAACGUGGCAGAGAAGAUCCAGGAGGAGAUUGACAGCGUGGUGGGUCGGGAACGGCCCCCCUGCCUGCAAGACAGAGACCAUCUGCCCUACACGAAUGCUGUCAUCCACGAGAUCCAGCGUUUCAUCAGUGUGGUACCAAUGGGUCUUCCCCACGUUCUCACCCAAGACACCCACUUCCGCGGUCACUUCCUGCUCAAGGGUACCACCAUCAUUCCGCUGCUGAUCUCGGCCCACCGGGACCCGGCCCACUUCAAGGACCCAGAAAACUUCAACCCCAACAACUUCCUGGAUGACGAGGGCAACUUCCAGAACAACGAGGCCUUCAUGCCUUUUGCUCUAGGAAAGCGCAUCUGUCUCGGGGCAGGCCUGGCACGGAUGGAAAUCUUCCUCUUCCUCACCACCAUCCUGCAGCGCUUCACCCUGCACUCCGUCAAGAGGCCUGAGGAGCUUGACCUCUCCCCCAAGUCCACAGGCCUGGGCAACGUGUCCCCGCCCUAUGAGCUCUCCCUGAAGACCCGCUGAGCCAAAGGGGACUCGUCACAGACAGCUGCCCCCCCCCAGCUCCUGUGUCCUUCGGCCAAUAAAACCCCUGAAUUUGGGCAAA